AUUCUUGAUGCAAGUUUAACCAGAAAUGGAAUAGAAAUGUGGCUUAAACACGAAGGUUUUAACUGCUAUGACAGUCGUAAUUAUGAAGAAAUGUUGAAAUUAGCACCAAAGAUUAUUUUAGAUUCUUUAAUUACAAUGUUUCUUCGGACAAGUGAAAGACUUGAGGAAUUAUCAAUCAAUGACCUACAUAUGCUUCCAACAGCAACAUCGUUCUUAAAUAAUAUGUCAGAAAUAACCCAAUUAAAAACAUUACGAGUUAAGUUUCGUUGCUGUAAAGAUUAUAAAGAAAUCCUUAACAUAAAAGGAUUAAAGAAUAAAUUAGCUCUUAAAGUUGUUCCUAGUGAUGCAAGCGACGCACUCGUAAAUAUUAUGAAAUCUCAUAAAAUAUUGGAAAACUUAGAGCUUGAUGCUAAUAGGGUAGCCAGAAGUAUUAUCUUGUAUAAUGUUCCGAAUAGAAAAAAACACUAUGAUCUUGAAGCAAGAUACGCCUUGAGUCGGACAAAUUACUUUGUCGAUUUACAAAUUACCGUCAAACCCCCUGAUGAUAUAAAUUAUCUAAAAUUUUUCCCAGCGUUAAAAUAUCUUGAGGAUUCCUUAAAAGAACUUACGUUACAUUAUAUAGACUUUUCCAAAACUUCAUCGGAGGAUAUAGAAAUUAUUUCUAAAUGCCAAAACUUAGUUAGAAUUAGUUUCAUUAAUUGUCAAGGAAUGACAAAAAAACAUUGCACUUUACUAUCUAAAAACAAAUUGAAUUUAAAAAAACUAGAAAUUACAGGGUUGAGAUUAGUUACAGAUUUAAGCUUAGAUCAAACUUAUAUUUUAAUCGCUUUAAUUUCUAUGUGGGGAUCAACUCUAGAAGUUUUACAUCUGGAUACAUUAAGUCAAGAAAUUGGAAAUGCACUAAUAAUUCACUGUUCAAAUCUUAAAGAGUUGAUAAUUUCUGAGAUGAAUGCAUUUUCGCUCACAUUUAUAUAUUCUUUUUUACUGCAAUCAUCUCUUAAAUCUCUUCAUAUUAAUGCGUUUAAAGUAUAUUAUCAAGAGUAUUUUAAAUUAAUUUGUAAGUUACCAACCACAUUAACUUUUUUAGAAUUAGAUACAGAUUUUAAAGAACUAGAUUUUAAAAAUUUCGUGAAUUAUUGUG